GCGGCGGCCGAGCAUACCGGACUCCGGCAUCAGAGGCGCCGCUGAGCGCCUGGGUUCCCGGCGCCACUGGACACCUGUCCCGGCCCGGCGGGGCGCGGUGGCAGCGGCGGGGAUGGCGCAAAAGAAAUAUCUUCAAGCAAAAUUGACCCAGUUUUUAAGGGAAGACAGGAUUCAGCUUUGGAAACCUCCAUAUACAGUCGAAAAUAAAGAAGUUGGCUUAGCAUUAAAGGACCUUGCUAAGAAGUACUCUGUCAAGCUAGAAUGCUGUGAAAAUGAAGUAGAAAAGAUAAUAGAAGAAAUACGUUGCAAAGCAAUUGAGCGUGGAACAGGAAAUGAAAAUUACAAAAAAACAGGAAUUGCUACAAUUGAGGUAUUUUUACCACCAAGACUAAAAAAAGAUAGGAAAAACUUGUUGGAGACACGAUUGCACGUUACUGGCAGAGAGCUGAGGUCUAAAAUAGCUGAAACAUUUGGAUUUCAGGAAAAUUAUAUCAAAAUUGUCAUAAAUAAGAAACAGCUUCAACUAGGGAAAACCCUUGAAGAACAAGGAGUGACUCACAACGUAAAAGCAAUGGUGCUUGAACUAAAACAGUCUGAGGAGGAUGUGAGGAAAAACUUCCAGGUAGAGGAAGAGGAACAAAAUGAGGCGGAACUGAAAGAAAAACAAAUUCAGAGGACUAAGAGAGGACUAGAGAUACUUGCAGAGAGAGCGGAGAUGGUGGUGGAUCAAGAAACUACACCGUACUUAGACAUAGCUAACCAGACAGGCAGAUCAAUCAGAAUUCCCCCAUCAGAAAGAAAAGCCCUUAUGUUAGCUAUGGGAUAUCAUGAGAAGGGCAGAGCUUUCCUGAAAAGAAAAGAAUAUGGAGUAGCCUUGCCAUGUCUGUUGGACGCGGACAAAUAUUUCUGUCAGUGCUGCAGAGAGUUGCUGGACACGGUGGAUAACUAUGCAGUGCUCCAGCUGGACAUAGUGUGGUGUUACUUCCGCCUGGAACAGCUGGAAUGCCUUGAUGAUGCUGAGAGAAAAUUAAACUUGGCCCAGAAAUGCUUUAAAAAUUGUUAUGGCGAAAAUCAUCAGAGACUGGUCCACAUAAAAGGAAAUUGUGGGAAAGAGAAGGUAUUGUUUUUAAGACUCUACUUGCUUCAAGGUAUUCGAAACUAUCACAGUGGAAAUGGUGAAGAAGCUUGUGAGUAUCUCAACAAGGCACGUCAGCUCUUUAAAGAGCUAUAUAUUGACCCAUCAAAAGUUCACAAUUUGCUGCAGUUGGGAUUUACUGCCCAGGAAGCCCGGCUUGGCCUAAGGGCAUGUGAUGGGAACGUGGAUCACGCAGCUACGCACAUCACCAACCGCAGAGAGGAAUUGGCCCAAAUAAGGAAAGAGGAAAAAGAGAAGAAAAGACGCCGCCUGGAGAACAUCAACUCUCUGAAAGGAAUGGGCUACUCGACGCACGCAGCCAAGCAGGCGCUCCAUCAGGCCAGCGGGAACCUGGAUGUGGCCCUGAAGAUUCUGCUCAGCAAUCCUCACAUGUGGUGGUUAAAUGAUUCCGAUCCUGAAACCAACAGCCAUCAAGAAAGUCCUUCCCAGGAAAACGUUGACCAACUGGUGUACAUGGGCUUUGAUGCAGCAGUGGCCAGAGCGGCACUGAGAGUGUUCCGCGGCAACGUCCAGCUGGCAGCCCAGACCCUGGCUCACAACGGAGGCAGCCUUCCUCCCGACCUGCAGCUCUCGGCCGAAGACUCCUCCCCGACGCCAUCCACGUCCCCUUCGGAUUCUGCAGGAACCUCUAGUGCCUCAACAGAUGAGGACAUGGAGACAGAGGCCGUCAAUGAGAUCCUGGAGGACAUUCCAGAACACGAGGAAGAUUAUCUGGACUCAACUCUGGAAGAUGAAGAAAUUAUUAUUGCAGAGUACCUAUCGUAUGUAGAAAAUAUAAAGUCAGCAACAAAGAAAAACUAAAUCGACAGAAAUAAGUACUAAGUUUCUGCUUAUAAAUGCUAUCAUUAUGAAAAGUCCAAUGCAGGUUUUCUUCUUCUUUUUAUCUGAUUUUGCUCCAAGAGCGCGUCCUUCUGCCUCCGGCCCUGCAUCCCUAACCUGGCCUGGUUUUUAUCCCAGCAGUGCACAGACGGCUUGCUGCUGGCCAGGGGCCGGUCUCUGGGGGAGGAGGAGGGGGAGGGAGGGUGUCCAGACCCUCCCUCCUCCUCCUCCUCAUUUUGCCCUGCUUUCCUGCCCUCCGGCAAUGCCGUCUCUGGCUUCCUGUGCCACCCCCACCCCUAAAAUCAUCCUUUAAAUCUUCAUUCCAAGUGCUGUGGGCAUAAAAAUGGGGCUCAGGCCACAGUGGCAGGUGGCCGCAGCCUGUACCAUCAGCGUUUUAUGCUCCUCGUUCAGUCCAAUGUACACUUGAAAUUCAGAGUUGAAAGUCAGACUUUAUAUGUAUUCAGAAUUACUCAUUACAAAAAAUAUUUUAUUAAAUGGGAAAGUUUUAAAUGCUAACCAAAGCAACCUAUUUUUAAUUAACAUUUUUAGACUCUGCUGUCAUAUUGAACUCAGUGCUAGCUAAGAGACCUCUCAGAUUUUUAGAUAUAUUUUCCUCAGGUUUUUUGUCGUAUCUAUAUGACAAGCCUACUUCUGAAGACAUGUAGCCUUUUACUGACUCAGAUAACCACUCUCAUUGUGCCACGCCUUCUUCUGUAGACGUGUAUUAAUGGAAAACCUUCCACCCAGGACUGGCGGCAGCAGCCAGGUGCUGAGUGGAUCAAGUGCCAGAUGUGUUCUGAGACUUUCUCCCUUCUAGAAGUUGCCAGAAGCUCCUCUGACUGACAGCAGUGUGGCCAUGUGUUGCUUUCAGGGGGCUGGCUGAAAUGUUCCAAUUUUUUUCAUAAAGUAUGGACAGUCUGGUUUGGCUCAGCAGGAAUAUUGUCAUUCUUUUAAAAUGGAUGAUACUGAUGGAAAUAAAAGGUGGAAAGUAUA